UCAGUGCAUGAGUGGUGAGUUCCAGUGUAGCAAUGGUCAAUGCAUAAAUCAAGACUGGAAGUGUGAUGGAACAAAGGACUGCACGGACAACUCUGACGAACUCAACUGCCCAUUACCCACCUGUAGCUCUCAGGAGUUCAAGUGUCUGACAGGAGGAGAGUGCAUUCCUCUUGAGUUUGUAUGUGAUGGAGAAGCAGACUGCGCUGAUGGCUCUGAUGAGCAAAGGACCUGUAGUGGUCAGACGUGUAGUCCAGACCAGUUCACAUGUAGAGAAGGGCAGUGUAUUCCCAAACAAUACAACUGUGACCAUGUGCCAGACUGUGUGGAUAACUCUGAUGAGAACAACUGCAAUUACCCAGCCUGCACAGAGAAGACAUGUGCUAAUGGCGCUUGUUACAACAAUGCUCAACACUGUAAUGGGAUACUAGAUUGUCGAGAUGGAUCAGAUGAAUCCAACUGCACAAGGCAUUGUCAGUCACAUCAAUUUGAAUGUGCUAAUGGAUUCUGCAUCCCAAUGCCCUUUGUCUGUGAUCACUGGGAUGACUGUGGAGACAAUAGUGAUGAGCAAAACUGUGAGUAUCGGACCUGUAGUGGGUCAGAGUUCGCCUGCAGCAAUGGACGCUGUAUGCCACAGCAGUGGGUGUGUGACGGCAUCAACGAUUGCGGUGACUUUAGUGAUGAGAAUGGAUGCGACCCAGGUAUAAGAGAUUGUUACCCAGGCGAAUGGCCUUGCCCAGGUUCUUCACUGUGUGUGCCGGUAAACAAAGUGUGUGACGAACAUCCUGACUGCCCUGGUGGAACAGAUGAGAGCAAUGCUACAGCACAUCUGACCUGCGAUUUACACCAGUGUUCUGCUUUGAGCUGUGAGUACCGCUGUCAUCCCACCCCACAGGGAGGAGCAUGCUACUGUCCUGAUGGCUUCACUGUGGCCAAUGAUAGUCGCACUUGUGUGGACUAUGAUGACUGUAAAAUUUGGGGUAUCUGUGAUCAUUUCUGUGAGGAUCGUCCAGGCACACAUCAUUGCAGCUGUGCUGAUGGAUACUUCCUGGAGCAAGGUCAUGUCUGCAAGGCCAAUAUUUCAGGGGGUUUACCACAGCUGAUCUUCACAGAUGGACGUGAUAUCAAAAUGGCAGAUAUACAUGGGCGUUUUAUCAGACUUCUAGUUCAGUCAGAUGGUAAAGGCUAUGCUGUGGGUGUUGGUUACAACUGGCACACUCAAAGGGUCUUUUGGACAGACACGAGUUCUCAGAAGGUUUUCUCCAUAAAUUUUGAUGGGAGUGAUAAGAUGGAGGUGCUUUCUGAAGCAGUACACAAUGCACAGAAUGUAGCAGUAGACUGGAUAAACUUUAAGCUGUAUCUUGUUGAGGAACGUGUGGAGAGAAUCGAAGCAUGUGAUUAUGAUGGGGGAAACCGUGUCACACUGAUUGCAGAAAACUUGGUGACUCCUCAUGGACUUGCUCUGGACCCAACCGUGGGAUACAUGUUCUUCACAGACUCUGGCGAUAACACAGAUGAUGUCAAAUUGGAGCGAGCCUUCAUGGAUGGUAGUAACCGAUUUGAUCUGGUUAGGACCAGAUUAGGUAGCCCUACCGGAAUCACCUUGGAUUUGGUCACCAAGAGGGUUUACUGGACAGACAGUCAUUUUAACCUGGUUGAGACAGUCACAUAUAGUGGCUUGGACAGGAAAACAGUGUUGAAUGGAGGCCAUCAGGUUCCUCACCCAUUCGGAAUUUCAGUAUUUGAGAACCAUGCUUUUUUCACUGACUGGGUCAAAAUGGGUGUGAUUCGGACUAACCGCUUCAAUGGCAGUGACCCCACUUUCCUGUACCGCUCUACUAACCGGCCUGGACAAAUUGUGGUUUCCCAUCCAGCUCUUCAGCCUUUUGUGAUAAACCCGUGUGGCAGACACAACGGUGGGUGUCAGCAAAUCUGCCUUCUGAGUCACCGCACGGACAAUGACGGGCUGGGUUAUCGCUGCAUGUGUCGCUUAGGAUACGACCUUCAGGAUGAUCGCCACAGUUGCUUUAAAAUUAAAGAUUAUUUACUGGUGGCGUACGCACAAGCGGUCAGAGGGAUUCCUCUUAAUGUUUCCUCUCAGGAGGACGUCACCUUACCUCUUUCUGGACUGGCUGAUACCUUUUCUGGUUCUGGAGUAGAGUAUGAUGCGUCUGUGGAGAGCGUGUUUUACAAUGAUCGAAUGCGGCAGCUCAUAUACAAAUCAAACAUCAAUGGCACUAGUCAUAAGGUCCUGACGGGUUACAGAGUGGGUGCUGUGGAAUCGAUGGCAUAUGACUGGACCUCGAAGAUUCUCUUCUGGACUUCCAGCACAUAUCGAUCUGUCUGUGCAUUUAAAGUAACAGAUGGAUCUCGACAGGACAUUGUUAAGAACUUGAUAUACCCCCGGGGUAUUGCUGUGCACCCUAGUGCUGGAUACCUGUUCUGGUCUGACUGGUACCGUCCAGCUGUGAUCACCAGAGCAUACACUGAUGGAAGCAAUGCAGUUCCACUAAUCAACACAACACUUGGCUGGCCUAAUGGACUUGCCGUAGACUACAUGAUGGAUAGGCUGUAUUGGGUUGAUGCACAGCUGGAUCGGAUUGAGCAUGUAAGCAUUGAUGGGUUUGACCGACAGGCCUUCUCCAGCAUUGGACAAAUCACUCACCCUUUCUCGCUUACGAUACACACUGAUCAUCUAUUUGUGUCAGACUGGCGGACAAAUUCAGUUUUCCGAAUGAGGAAAAGGGACGGUGGAGACAACAUAAUGCUCCGAAAGGGGAUUUCGGGUAUAAUGAACAUCAAGGCUUAUUCAGCUGAUCUCCAGGAUUUAUUUAAAAGCAGAUGCAAUAUGAUUCCAAACGGACGCUGCAGCCACUUUUGUUUUCCUACACCUGCAUCCAGCCGUGUGUGUGGAUGUCCCUUUGGCAUGAAGCUGCAGGAGAACCAGAGAGACUGUGUGAAAGAUGACUCUGAGCCCCCUCCAGAUGAUAACUGCGGAGACUAUGCCUUUCCUUGUGACGGAGGUCGCUGUGUGCCCAAUACUUAUCGAUGUGAUGGUGUAAACGACUGCGUUGACAAGACUGAUGAAGUCAACUGCACUCUUCCAGGUGCAACCUGCUCCCCAUAUGCAUUCACUUGUGGUAACAAGCACUGCAUCCCUGCUAGAUGGCGCUGUGAUGGGCAUGAUGACUGUGGCGAUGGAUCCGACGAGACUAACUGUCCAACACGUGGUCCAACCACCUGCUCAUCUAGCCAGUUUGCUUGCACCAAUGGAAACUGCAUCCCGAAAACGUGGGUCUGCGAUGCCUUUAAUGACUGUGGUGAUGGUUCUGAUGAGAGACAUUGCAAUUCCAGUAUCACCACCUGCCAGCCUGGAUUCUUCCUGUGUCCAGAUCACCGCUGUAUCUAUAAUUCAUAUGUCUGUGAUGGAGACCAGGACUGUUUGGAUGGCUCAGAUGAGAAGGACUGUGUGUAUACCUGUGGAACAUAUGAGUUUGCAUGUGCCAGCGGAGAUCAGUGUGUGAGUCAGAGCUACCGCUGUGAUGGGGUUUAUGACUGCAAGGACCACUCAGAUGAGAGUGGCUGUCCCACACGUAGGCCAGGUCUGUGCCAUGACAAUGAGUUCCAGUGCCAGGUUGAUGGAUUUUGCAUUCCGAAAGAGUGGGAAUGUGAUGGCCAUCCGGACUGUGUGGAUGGCUCUGAUGAGCAUAAUGGCUGCCCUCCGCGUACUUGUAGUUCUGUGCAGUUCCAGUGUGCUAAUGGGAAUUGUGUGUCCAAGAAUUGGGUGUGUGAUGGGGAAAAUGACUGCAGGGAUAUGAGCGACGAAACGAACUGCCCCACUCCACCAUUCAGCUGCCCAUCAGGUCAGUGGUUGUGUCCUACAGACCAGGUGUGCAUCAUGAAUGCCCAGGUGUGUGAUGGUCAAAGAGAUUGUCCAAAUGGAGCUGAUGAGUCUCCCAUCUGCAAUGAAGAUGACUGUAAGGUGAAUAAUGGUGGCUGCAGUCAUGGCUGUAUUCAGGGUCCAUUUGGAGCUCAGUGUACCUGUGACCCAGGAUUCCAGUUGCUGAAUGACUCAAAGACCUGCGAUGACAUAAAUGAGUGUCUCAUACCUGGAUUCUGCAGUCAAACCUGCUUCAAUGAGCGUGGCUCCUUCCGCUGCUAUUGCGAAGAUGGCUACCAGCUGGAACCUGAUGGACGUACAUGCAGAGCCACCAGCCCAGGAAAUGCCUUACUUCUGGUGGCCAGACGCAGUCAGAUCAUCGGCAACCGCAUCAACUUCUGGCCACCGAUCAUCAGUCCCAUAGUCAGCGGCAUGAGCAUUGUUGCUGUAGACUUUGAUAAUGUAAAUAAAAGAGUUUACUGGGGUGAUUCAUCUGACAAAAUGAUCUAUAGUUCAUUCCAGAAUGGCACAGAUAAAAAGCAGGUGUUUUCUUCGGGCCUGAUGGUACCUGAAAGCAUAGCCGUGGAUUGGGUGGGUAGAAACAUUUACUGGACCGACUCUGUCAUGCAAAACAUUGAAGUAGCAACUCUGGAUGGCCACUUUCGGAAGAUUCUGAUUACAAAGAAUGUCACAAGCCCUCGUGGACUGGUUCUAGACCCCCGCAACCAUACUAAUUUAAUGUUCUGGUCAGACUGGGGUCAGAACCCUCGUAUAGAACAGGCUAGUAUGGAUGGACUCGGAAGAAGAGCAAUUGUGACUAGCAAAGUAUACUGGCCUAAUGGACUUACACUGGAUUACACAACUAGAAGAGUAUAUUUUGUUGAUGCCUACCUAAAAUACAUUGACUACUGUGACUAUGAUGGCAAAAACAGGCAUCAAGUCUUUGCGAGUGACAUAGUGCUUCAACAACCCCAUGGCAUUACCAUCUUCGAAGACAACAUCUUCUGGAGUGACAGUUACACAAGCCAAAUCAUGAGGACUAAUAAAUUUCAUGGGGGAAACAUAACCACUCUUCUGACCGGUGUUUAUCAGUGCAUGGGAAUUGUAAUGGAUCACCCCAUUAAACAGCCUAUAGCAUUUAAUCCUUGCGAGAACAAUCCAUGCAGUCAGCUGUGUCUGCUAUCAACCUUAAGACCCAGAUACUACAGAUGUGACUGCCAGUCUGGCUGGAUCCUUGCCAGUGAUGGUCGUACUUGCACUAAAGAUGAAACACCAUUCUUGAUGGUUGUCAGAGAUACAGUGAUUAUGGGAAUACCUCUCAACCCCAAUGACACAUCCAACAAUGCCAUGGCACCAAUUUCCGGUAUUACCCAGGGUCGAGAUAUUGAUUUUGAUGAUCGAGAGCAGUUUGUAUACUGGGUGCAAGGCACAGGUGCAAUUUAUAGAAGUAAGACAGAUGGGGCCAAUAGAACUCAGUUUGCACCAGCUGCCAUUAUUGGUUCCCCCUCUGGUCUCGCAUUUGAUUGGAUAACACGAAUCAUGUACUACACCAAUCCCACUAUUAAGGCCAUUGAGGUUAUCAGGGUUGAUGGAUCCCAACAUUACAGAAAGACUAUCAUCACAAACACUGGAAAGCCAGAAGGAGCUGGACAGCCAAUAGGAAUAGCUCUUGAUCCAGCCAGGGGGAAACUUUUUUGGACAGACAGAGGUUCAGACAGUGGAGUUCCGCCAAAGAUAUCAAGUGCAGACAUGGAUGGUGGUAACGUCAAAAACCUCUACACUGGUAACCUGGUGAAAGUUGAAUUCAUUGCUGCAGAUAUAGAGGCCAGGAAGAUCUACUGGGGUGUUCAUCAAACAGGAAUGAUUGAGUGCGGAACUAUGGAUGGGGCAAGCAGGGUGACCAUUGUUAGUGGCUUGUCUCACCCCUGGGGAAUCACUGUUUACCAAAACUAUCUUUAUUAUACUGACCUUGAUUUUGAGGUCAUUGAGAGAGUGGACAAGAACACGGGUGCAGAUAUGGUGGUGAUGAGAAGCAGUAUGGCAGGGCUGCGGUCAGUAAAAGUGCAUGCCAGAGACAAUUCUGCUGGCACUACCAACGCCUGCAGUACAAACAACGGAGGAUGUCCCCACUUGUGUCUGCCUAAACCCCAAGGACAGAAAACAUGUGCCUGCACAACAGGAUUUAUCCCAUCUCAAGAUGGAUCUCACUGUGAGCAGUACGACUCUUACGCCAUAGUAUCAUCUUCCAAAUUUAUAAGAGGAUUCCACAUCAACAGCUCUGACCACUCUGAGGCCAUGGUUCCUGUAGGGGCAAAUACAUACUCGAUUAUUGACAAGCUGGACAUGCACAUUGCUUCUGGAUUCCUGUACUGGACUGAUAACAGCACCUACUCAUCAUACCGAGGCAUUUACAGAACAAAGACGGAUGGCUCACGCUAUUCUACAGUCAUCAGUCAAUUGGGCAAUGGAAGAAUUCAGGGCUUAGCGGUAGACUGGAUUGCAGGAAACUUGUACUUCACUAACAAAUUCACCACUCAGACAUACAUUGAGGUGCUACGUUUGAACACAAGCAUUCAACUGAUCCUCCUGAAAAGUUCAGCAGAUCGUCCCCAAGAUCUUGCUGUGAGCCCCAAGUUACGUCUUCUCUUCUGGACUGAUGCUGGUCAGUCCCCUAAGAUUGAAAGUGCUCUUUUGGAUGGUACCAAUCGCACAGUUCUUGCUUCUGAGAGCCUUUCAUCCCCCCGAGGCCUUACAAUUGAUUACACCAAUGACUUUCUGUACUGGGUUGAUGACACACUGGAUAUGAUUUCUCGAAUGGCUCCUGAUGGUUCUCAACGGGAGAUUGUACGCUUCGGUAGUCGGUACCCUGCACCAUAUAGUGUGGCAAUCUUUGGCGAGUACAUGCUGUGGGUGGAUCGCAAACUGGGCAAACUCUUCCAGGCCAGUAAGGUACCUGGGAAUACAGAUACACCUGAGGUGAUAAGAGAUGGCAUUGAUGAUCUGACAGAUGUUGCAGUGUUUGACUCACAUGUUCAGCCCACUUCUGCCAACCUGGUGGGUUUCAACCCUUGCCAUGAUGACAAUGGGCGUUGUCAACAGUUUUGUUUUGCAUUGCCCGACCAGCAGGAGCCCAAAUGUGCCUGUGCCCAUGGCUCUCUGCUGAGCAAUGGAGUCUCAUGUGGCUUUGGCCUGGAUGAGUACCUGAUCUUCACAACAGAUUAUAGUGUGAGCAGCAUGAGACUGGACCCGGAGGACCACAGUGUCCCAUUUCCCACCUUUAACAUGGGUUAUGGUGUUUUAGCCAUAGAGUUUGACUUCCAGGAUAAAAGAGUGUUCUUCACUCAGUACGUGGGGCUGGGCAGGAGUAAAAUAGGAUACAUCAUAACCACCAGCAGCACUAGCCCACCAGUCACCAUUGCCAGUGAUCUUGAUGAUCCUGAAGGUCUGGCCUAUGAUUGGGUCCACAAGCGUCUUUAUUUCACAGAUUAUUACAAUCGUAGUGUGCAGUCUAUGGGAAUAGAUGGCCAAAACCGUUCUUUAAUUGCACAUGGUGACCGUCCCAGAGCUAUUGUAGUGGAUCCAUGUUAUGGAUACCUGUACUGGACUGACUGGGGAUCCCCUGCUAAAAUUGAACGGGCCACACUUGGUGGAAACUUCCGAAUCCCUGUCAUAAACACAAGUCUUUCUCAGCCUAAUGCUCUGUCUUUGGAUUAUGAAGAGCGACUUCUGUACUGGGCUGAUUCAACACUGGAUAAGAUUGAACGUUCUUCUUUGACUGGAGAAAACAGGGAGGUCAUUCUUACCCAGACACAGUACCCAUUUGCUCUGACAGUAUUUCAGCAGGAUAUUUAUUGGACUGACUGGAACACAAGGAUUGUGUACCGUGCCAGCAAGGAUGAUGGUUCUGGCCUAACUAUAAUGGCCACUGAUCUCCAAUAUAGACCCAAUGACAUUCACGUCUUCUCUGCCAGUAGGCAAGAAAGCUGCUCAAGUCCCUGCCAGCUGUUCAAUGGAGGCUGCAGCCAUGUUUGUGUCCCAGGUCCAGCUGGUCCAGAGUGUCAGUGUCCCAGCACUGGUAACUGGUAUCUGGCCAACGAAGGGAAAGACUGCAUCCCUGACAAUGGGCAACGUUGUCAUGCAGAUCAGUUCACCUGUCUGGAUGGAAGAUGUUUGUCUCAGAAUUUCAAGUGUGAUGGCUACAGGGACUGCCUUGAUGGGUCUGAUGAGCUUGAACGAGUUUGUGCUUUUCACACCUGUUCACCAACUGAAUUCACCUGCGAUAAUGGAGGCUGUGUGCCUCUGUACUAUGUGUGCGACUACACUAAUGACUGUGGAGAUAACAGCGACGAGCAUGGUUGUCCCUUCCCUACUUGUAACCCUUCCACAGAAUUCACCUGUGCUAACGGACGCUGCAUCAGUGCAGCUUACGUGUGUGAUGGGAUCAAUGACUGCCGAGACAAUGGCACCACAGAUGAAGUUAACUGCCCGGAUCGAACCUGUGCACCUGGCUUAGUGAAAUGUGACACCACCAACAUCUGCAUUCCUUCGAGCAGCCUGUGUGAUGGCCAUAACAACUGUGGGGAUAACAGUGAUGAAAAUCCACUCUUUUGUGCUGGACGAACGUGCUCUGCAGAUGAGUUCCGCUGUGAUAGUGGGAAGUGUAUUCCCCAGUUUUGGGUGUGUGAUCGCAUCUCAGAUUGUUUGGAUGGCACAGAUGAGCCUCCCACUUGCGAGGAUCACAUUUAUACUUGUAGCCCUCAGCAGUUCAACUGCGCGAAUGGAAACUGUAUUCAGCAAUCAUGGGUAUGUGAUGGCAACAAUGACUGUGGAGACAACAGUGAUGAGGCCCAGGAGCUGCAGUGUGGAUCAAGGACUUGCAACCCUGGUGAUUUCACAUGCCCCAGUUGGUACCCUGGCUCUCCUCGCUGUAUUCCGUUAAGUUAUGUUUGUGAUGGUGAGAAGGACUGUGUAGAUGCUGCAGAUGAGCUGCACAACUGCCCCAACCGCACAUGCCACUUAAAUGAGUUUGCUUGUGCCAAUGGUCGCUGCAUUCUGCUGCCCUUCCACUGUGACCGUGUGAAUGACUGUGGGGAUGGCAGUGAUGAGACCAACUGUAUUUACAACACCUGUUCCAGUCGGGAAUUCACCUGCCAGAAUGGAGUUUGUAUCCCAUCAACGUAUGUAUGUGAUGGUUAUAUAGACUGUCAAGAUGGCUCUGACGAACUAGAGGGCUUGUGCAGGACUCCUGAACCCACCUGUGCACCUGGAGAUUUCAUGUGCAAUUCUGGGGAGUGCAUUGACAUCCACAAGGUUUGCAACCAGCAAAGAGACUGUUCUGACAAUAGUGAUGAGAAAGGUUGUGGUAUAAAUGAGUGCACUAACCCAGCCAUUCACCAGUGUGCACAUAACUGCAUAGACACUCAGACUGGUUACUACUGCUCCUGCAGAGAAGGCUACAGACUAAUGCCAGACGGCAAAGCCUGUGAGGAUAUAGACGAGUGCAAGGAGGUACCGGGAGUGUGCAGUCAAGUGUGUGAAAAUGCUGUGGGCUCCUUCUACUGCAAGUGUGCUCCGGGAUACCUGCGGGAGCCAGAUGGACGUACUUGCCGACAAAACAGUGGGAUCGCCCCUUACCUUCUCUACAGCAACCGUUACUAUAUCCGCAAUCUGACUGCUGUUGGAUCAUCAAUGUCAGUGGUGCUGCAAGGCCUGACAAAUGUUGUUGCACUGGAUUUUGACACAACUGAGAAGCGUUUAUACUGGGUGGAUGUUGGCACACUCCGUAUUGAGAGAAUUAAUUUAGAUGGCACAGGAAGGGAGGUCAUAAUGCAAAAUGACCUGGGUGGAGCAGAAGGCCUGGCAGUGGACUGGGUGGGACGAAAGCUGUAUUGGGCAGAUGCGACUAUGAAAGCCAUUCAUGUCUCUGAACUUGAUGGACGUUACCGGAAAAAACUCCUAAAAGACUGUGUUGAUACCAACUCCACAUACUGCUUUGCCAGUCCUCAGGCGGUUGCUGUUAACCCUAAAUAUGGAUGGCUAUAUUGGACAGAUUGGGGGAGGAAGGCUUUCAUUGGCAGAGCUGGCAUGGAUGGAACCCAAGCAUCAGCUCUCAUCACCACAAAGCUAGUGUGGCCGCAUGCCCUGACCAUCGAUUAUACCAACAACAAAAUAUUUUUUGCUGAUGCUCACCUUAAUUUCCUUGAUUAUGCUGAUAUGGAUGGUCAAAACAGACACAGAGCUAUAACAGGCUCCUUGCCCCAUGCUUACGCUCUGACUCUGUUUGAGGAUUUGGUGUACUGGACUGACUGGAAUACCCACACCAUAGAGCGAGCUCACAAGUACACAGGCGCUAACCGUGUUGUAAUGGGCAACAACACACAUCGCCCUAAUGACAUUCAUAUCUAUCACCCUUACAGACAGCCACACAGUGAAAAUCCAUGCAAUGACCAUUACCUGACCUGUAGUCACCUGUGUCUGAUUGGUCCGGGUGGGACGGAGGCCAGAUGUGAAUGUCCGGACCACUUCAUUGGUCUGGCUAUCGGAUUUAAGAUUCAGUGUGUGGCCGACUGCUCCAGCACUCAGUUCCGCUGUGGAGACAAUGAGAAGUGCAUUCCUAUAUGGUGGAAGUGUGAUGGCCAGUCAGAUUGUGGUGAUGGCUCUGAUGAGCCUCAGACGUGUCCUCCACAUUACUGCAAAACUGGGCAGUUUCAGUGCCAGGAUGGGAACUGCACUAACCCAUUUUUCCUAUGUGAUGGCCACAAGGAUUGCUUUGAUGGAUCUGAUGAAGACGCUGCACUUUGCAGUGACCACCGUUGCACUGAGAACCAGUUCCAGUGUAAAAAUAAGCAUUGUAUUCCCAUAACUUGGCACUGUGAUGGUGUGGUGGACUGUUCAGAUGGCAGUGAUGAGGAAACGGACAGUUGCAUAGACAAGACCUGUAAACCUGGACAGUUUCAAUGCAAAAAAGGAGGCUGCAUACCACAAAGUUAUGUGUGUGAUGCACAGAACGACUGUGGAGAUAAUUCAGAUGAGCCAUAUGAAGUGUGCAUGGGUCCUGACUAUAAGUGUGAUCCAGACACCGAGUUCCCCUGCAAAGGAAACUAUCGUUGUAUACCUCUAUGGGCUGUGUGUGAUGGCACCAAUGAUUGUCUAGACAACAGUGAUGAGAACACCUGUCAUGAGCUAACCUGUGACCCUCUGGGAGAUUUUCGCUGUGAUAACCAUCGAUGUGUACCCAUCCGCUGGCGCUGUGAUGGGAGCAAUGACUGUGGCGAUGGAUCUGACGAGAGAAACUGUGAACCCAGACCUUGCUCUGAAAGUGAGUAUCGGUGUGACAACCAGCAGUGCAUUCCAGGAGCUUGGGUUUGUGAUCAUGACAAUGACUGCGGAGAUAAUUCUGAUGAGAGAGACUGCGAACUACGAACAUGUCGUCCUGGAACAUUCCAGUGUACGUCUGGACACUGUAUCCCAGAAGCUCUUAAAUGCAAUGGUUAUGCUGACUGCCUGGACUUCUCUGAUGAGUCCACCUGCCCCACUCGCUAUCCUGGAGGACGCUGGUGUCCAGCACACCAGUUUCAGUGCAACAACAAGUUGUGCGUGAAUCAGCAAUGGGUGUGUGAUGGCUUCAAUGACUGUGGAGACCGCUCUGAUGAGCAGCUCAGUCUCUGUUGGAACAUUACAUGUGAAAUGCCUACCAAGUUCCGCUGUGAUAAUGGCUACUGCAUUUAUAGUGGUCUCAUGUGUAAUCAGAAAGACGACUGUGGUGAUGGCAGUGAUGAAAAAGAGGACCAAUGCCAAGAACCCACUCUCGCCCCCUGCACACCAAAUGAGUUUAAAUGCUCAAAUGGCCACUGUGUUCCUCUGCCUUACGUGUGCGACCACAAUAACAACUGUGGAGACCUAACUGAUGAGCUGGGCUGCAAUUUUGGCCAUGAUCGCAACUGUGAUGAGAAGUUAUGCAAGCAUGAGUGUACAAACCUGAAUGGCACUGGCUUUAUCUGUUCUUGUCGUCCUGGCUAUGCAGUAGAUCCUGAUAACACCUUUCUUUGCAACGAUAUAGAUGAGUGUUUAGAAUAUGGCACAUGCCCACAAGCCUGCAUGAACACUAAAGGAAGCUAUCACUGUGAUUGUGCCCAGGGCUACAGGAAAGCUGGCACAGGCAAUCAGUGUGAGGCCGAAGGUCCUGGACCACUGCUUCUGUUGCCAGAGAACAUUCGCAUUCGCCGAUACAAUCUUCAGACAGAGGAGUAUCAUGACUUCUUGCAGGAAGAGGAGCGCAUUGUGGCACUGGACUACGACUGGGACCACAACAACACUGGAUUUAGUGUGGUGUAUUUUACAGUAGAAGGGAGGGGUGCAUUGCCUGGUGCUAUUAAAAGAGCUUUUCUGCCAGAUGUGGAUGAUCAUAAUAAUAACAUUGCUGCAGCUGUGGAGCUGGAUAUAAAGUACAUCACUAAGCCUUAUGGAAUUGCAGUGGACUGGGUUGGCAGGAAUUUGUAUUGGGCUGAUGCACAGCUGAAGCGUCUAGAAGUGGCCAUGUUAGAUGGCCGUUACAGGAAGCACCUGAUUAAAACUGACCUGGAAGCACCUAAUUCUGUGGCAUUGAACCCUCGCUUGGGCAUGCUUUACUGGAUUGACAAUGGAAACACACCUCGUAUUGAAUGCUCCUGGUUGGAUGGUCAAGAGAGAAAGGUUCUGGUAAACAAUGGUUUGGGAUGGCCAACGGGCCUGUCGAUUGACUUCACAAAUGGUGACCGGAUUUAUUGGUCAGAUGCAAAAGAGAGUCGCAUUGAGUCCAUCCUGCCAGAUGGACAGAACAGAAAGACAUCGGUUUUCAUAGAUGUAAGAAACCCUUUCAGUGUGAAUGUAUUUGAAGACCAUGUGUACUGGAGCACACAGGAAAAGGGUGAAGUGUUCAGACAGGACAAGUUUGGCAAAGGCACCAAAACCAGACUCCUUGUAACAGGACCUUGGCUCACCCAAAUCAACAUAUACCAGCAGCAGAAAUACAACUCUAUAGCCCUGAAGAACCCUUGCAAGGGCACAUGCAGUCACCUGUGUCUGCUGAGACCAGGAGGAUACACCUGUGCCUGUCCAGAGGGCACCAGCUUCUUUCCUGGCAGCAGUACUGCUUGUGACGCAGGGAUUGAUCCUGAACCGACCAUGCCCCCUCCAUGCCAGUGCAAGAAUGGUGGAACCUGUUAUUUUGAUGACAACAAGGCGCUCUGCAUUUGCCCCUCUGAAUGGAAAGGAGAUUUCUGCGAGACAAGCGUUUAUGGUGUAGUCACAACUUCAGUUGCGAUUGCUCUUGGAGUUACAGCUGUUGUGGCUCUUUUCCUGGGCUGCCUGAUAUAUUCUGCACAUAAGAAGGAGAACAUCAAAAACAGACUGAAUAACAUUAAUCUGCCAGUUAAUGUAUCUAACUUUAUGCCCACUUUCUGGCGUGGUAACUCUGAACGUUUUAGCAACUCACCUGAAUCUGAGAAUGACAGCAAUAGCCUUCCCAAAGAGGAAUCCAGCACGUCAGUGGAAGUGGAGAAAAUAGGAAGGAACUUUGAAAACCCAGCAUACGCUGACGAUACACAAAGCUGUCCUGCUGCCUCAACUGCUACAGCCACCUCAGUCAUAAACGGACCUGCCAAAGAGAGUGUUGAAAAUCCGCUCUAUGCUGCUGAGAUAAGCGUUGUGACCCAGCCACAUGAUGCUGCAACCCCUGUCAAAGCAGAUGCCACACCAGUCAACACUGAGUCUCAAAAGGCUGAUACAUCAAAGCUACAGAGUGAGGUGGAUAUCGAUAAUGUGUUCGACAACCCAUUAUAUAUGGAUGAACCACACAUACAGAGCAAUGGAGAAUCUACGAUCUGAAGAUAAAUUGAGAGCAUCUUAUAGGAUUUGCUCUCAGCCUGUUCGACAGCUAAGAUGUGUGGCUGGUGAAUUAUGACUGCGGUACACCAUCCAUCUGCUCACAUGUGAUUUGUGUCUGUUUUACAGGGAGUUCUAGCUGAGAACCACACUAUAAACUGUGAAUACUUCUGAUGAUUGCUCUUUUAAGUAUAUUUUAUUUAGGGAAUGCUUUGUUUUGUAAUAAUUCAGAGGCUGUAAAUUGAUGCAGUGGUUUUAUUUAAUUAUUGUGGUAUCUUUGUGUAGCUUGUAUGAUCAGAUACAAUGUUUCUUGGUUGUGUUUUGAUACCAAUAAAAUGUAUUUAUGUCUUUCAA